AUGCGUAUCAUUCCCGUCCCAGUCCUUGAAGAUAACUACGCCUACGUCCUCUUCGACGAAAAGACCUCCGAGGCUGCUGUCAUCGAUCCCGUCGAGCCCCAAAAGUUGCUCCGCAUCGUUCAACAUCUGAAUGCCAAAUUGACGUCGGUCCUCGUCACCCACCACCACUGGGAUCACGCCGACGGCAAUGUCGAGCUGCUUGCCAAGAGGCCCGGUCUUGCUGUCUUUGGUGCCGAUGCCAGGAUUCCCGAAAUCAAUUAUGUUGUCAAGGAUAAAGAGGAGUUCAAGGUCGGAUCAUUGACCGUCCAGGCUCUCUGGACUCCUUGUCACACCAAGGGCAGUGUUUGCUACUUUAUCAAGGACGGAAACGACAGCGCUGUCUUUACCGGCGAUACUCUCUUCCUCAGUGGAUGCGGGCGAUUCUUCGAGGGUACCGCGGCAGACAUGUACAACAGCUUGCUUCACGUUUUAGCCACCUUGCCCGUCGAGACCAAGGUCUAUUGCGGACACGAGUACACCAAGGCCAACCUCAAAUUUGCCAACCAUGUCGAGCCCGAUAACGUUCACGUGGCUCAAAGGCUGCAAUGGGCCUCGGACGAGAGCGUCACGUCGACCAUACCUGGCACCAUUGGCGAGGAGCUGCUCGCCAACCCUUUCCUCCGCGUCAACGAACCAUCAUUGCAGGCGUUCACGGGCAAGACCGAUCCUAUCGAUGUCAUGCACGCCCUUCGUGAGCUGAAGAACAACUUCAAGUGA